AUGACAGAGGACUCAAAGCUAAAUUUCUUCAACCUCGAAGCUCAGAGGUAUGGGGCUCCGAUACUUGCAGCUUUAGUAACUAGGAGUUAUGAGGCUGUUCAUGCAUUCUUGGCUGCCCACAAAGAAGCCAACCCCAGAAGCUUAGCACUUGGUAACCUCCAAUUGCAAUAUCAACAGCCAAAAUCCAUUUUGGACAAAUCGCCACGAGAGUUCACUUUUUCGAAAAAAAGAGGCAUAUUUUCACAUGUUGCAGAAUUGGGGGACGAAAGAAUCGCUGCCCUGCUCCUUGAGCUGGGAGAGGUCGACCCCGAUGCAACAGAUCAGAGACUUAAAACGCCGCUCUCAUACGCCGCUGAGAACGGAAAUUUGGAAGUGGCUAAACUUCUUCUUAAGACUGGCAAGGUUGAUGUCAAUCACAAGGACCAGGGCGGGCUGUCGCCAUUAUCACAUGCUUUGAUUGGUUUACAUUACUCUGUUGCUCAACUGCUUAUCAAGACUGGUCGAGCCACGGCUAAUGUGUUCGACUCGAGAGAUAGAACACCACUAUCAUAUGCCGCAGAGGAUCGGUAUCAUGGAACUGAGAAAAUCAAGCUUCUACUUGCUACUGACAAGGUUGAGGUAGACUCAAGAGACAGCUUGGGGCGAACACCACUUUCAUAUGCCGCAGAGGAUCGGUAUCAUGGAACUGAGAAAAUCAAGCUUCUACUUGCUACUGACAAGGUUGAGGUAGACUCAAGAGACAGCUUGGGGCGAACACCACUUUCAUAUGCUGCAGGCGAGUAUAAUAACCUAGAGACAAUCAGACUUCUUCUUGUCACCGGCAAGGUAGAGGCAAACUCAAGAGAUAACUCAGGGCGAACACCACUUUCAUAUGCUGUAAGCAAUUAUAAUAAUCCAGAGAUAAUCAAGCUUCUGCUUGCUACAGGCAAGGUUGAGGUAGACUCAAGAGAUAGCUUGGGGCGAACACCACUUUCAUAUGCUGUAAGCAAUUAUAAUAAUCCAGAGAUAAUCAAGCUUCUGCUUGCUACAGACAAGGUUGAGGUAGACUCAAGAGACAGCUUGGGGCGAACACCACUUUCAUAUGCUGCAGGCAAUUUUGGUGAUCCAGAGAUAAUCAAGCUUCUGCUUGCUACAGGCAAGGUUGAGGUCGACUCAAGAGACAGCUUUGGGCGAACACCACUUUCAUACGCUGCUGAGUGGAAUAGGGUCAAUGCUGUCUCAUGCCUGCUCAAUAAAGGCAAGGCUAAUCCCCAUCUAAAAGACAAUAGCGGACGGAAGCCUUUUGACUAUGCAGCUAAUGCCCAUAUCCGAGGCAUCUUUCAGAGACAUAUACUUGUGUAA